CGGGCGGGCGGGCCAAGCGAGGAGCGCGGAGAGAAAAGGCGCGAGCGGCCGCGAGGGCUCAGGCCGAGACACCGUGCUGCUGCCGCCGCCGCCGCCGCCGAGCCGCCCCUGUGCUUGCUGAUCCGCCUCCAGGGCCACCGCCAUGUCGAGCCGCGGUGGGAAGAAGAAAUCCACCAAGACCUCCAGGUCUGCCAAGGCAGGAGUCAUCUUCCCCGUGGGGCGGAUGCUGCGGUACAUCAAGAAGGGCCACCCCAAGUACAGGAUUGGAGUGGGGGCACCCGUGUACAUGGCUGCUGUCCUGGAGUAUCUGACAGCUGAGAUUCUGGAGCUGGCUGGCAAUGCGGCAAGAGAUAAUAAGAAGGGGCGGGUCACGCCCCGGCACAUCCUGCUAGCUGUGGCCAAUGAUGAAGAGCUGAAUCAGCUGCUCAAAGGAGUCACCAUCGCCAGUGGAGGGGUGCUGCCAAACAUCCACCCCGAGUUGCUCGCAAAGAAGCGGGGUUCCAAAGGAAAGUUGGAAGCCAUCAUCACACCACCCCCAGCAAAAAAGGCCAAGUCUCCAUCACAGAAGAAGCCUGUGUCUAAGAAGACAGGAGGCAAGAAAGGGGCCCGGAAAUCCAAGAAGAAGCAGGGAGAAGUGAGCAAGGCAGCCAGCGCUGACAGCACGACCGAGGGCACGCCUGCCGACGGCUUCACAGUCCUCUCCACAAAGAGCCUCUUCCUAGGCCAGAAGCUGAACCUUAUUCACAGUGAAAUCAGUAAUUUAGCCGGCUUUGAGGUGGAGGCCAUAAUCAAUCCUACCAAUGCUGACAUUGACCUUAAAGAUGACCUAGGAAACACGCUGGAGAAGAAAGGUGGCAAGGAGUUUGUGGACGCUGUUCUGGAGCUCCGGAAAAAGAAUGGACCCUUGGAAGUAGCUGGAGCUGCCGUCAGCGCAGGCCACGGCUUGCCUGCCAAGUUCGUGAUCCACUGUAACAGCCCAGUCUGGGGUGCGGACAAGUGUGAGGAGCUCCUGGAAAAGACGGUGAAAAACUGCUUGGCGCUGGCCGAUGAUAAGAAGCUGAAAUCCAUCGCAUUUCCGUCCAUUGGCAGUGGCAGGAACGGUUUUCCCAAACAGACGGCGGCGCAGCUGAUCCUCAAGGCCAUCUCCAGUUACUUCGUGUCCACGAUGUCCUCUUCCAUCAAGACGGUGUACUUCGUGCUUUUUGACAGCGAGAGCAUAGGCAUCUAUGUGCAGGAAAUGGCCAAGCUGGACGCCAACUAGGCCGAGGGCCGCCCUGGCCCCUGCCUCCAAUUUAAGAGAAAAAAAGAAAAAAAAAAAUUCCCCUUCACUCCGAGUGGGAGGCGGGAACCCUGUCAUUUUCAGUUUUGCUCAUCUAGGGAAAAUAAGGUUUUGGUUUCCAGUUUAAUUGUUUUGGCCUUCUCCGAUGUUCGUACGUUAGCACCGCUAGUCGGCAUUACCGUUGUUAAGCGCUGUGUUCCAGACCGUGGCUGACGUAGUAUAACCUAGGCGAUCUAGUUUCAUUUGGAUGGACUCGGGGUAGCGAGCAGGGGAGCGCCGUCCCGCGGCGGAAGCCAGGCAGCCCCGUUCCUUCCCGUGUCUUGUGGUGCUUUACUGUACACCCAGUGGCGUUCUUUUUACUCUGAUGUCCUCGUUUUUCCCUCCGAAGAAAAAUCAUGAAUCUGCAACAGGCCUAAUUUUUGUUUACUUUUUUGUCUCAAUGAUGGAUUUGAAAAUGAAAGAUUUAAAAGGCAGAACAGACUCUGUUGUCCUUAAUUAUAUUUGCAAUUUGAAAUUUGUGUGAAUUGAUUUAGUAAAACGUUGAACUGUU